CGGGUAGUACCAGCUGAAAAUAUAUUCUCUUCAACUGACACCCCAAACUCUUCUCCCUGGUCCUUUUUAAUCCAGGAUGUGAAUCAGGAGGUUUACAAUUUCCUGGCGACAGCUGGAGCCAAAUAUGGGGUUGGCUUCUGGAAACCAGGCUCUGGAAUCAUUCACCAGAUAAUUCUAGAGAACUAUGCCUACCCAGGAGUCCUGCUCAUUGGCACAGACUCCCACACACCUAAUGGGGGCGGCCUGGGCUCCAUCUGCAUCGGAGUGGGUGGUGCUGACGCUGUGGACGUCAUGGCUGGUAUCCCAUGGGAGCUCAAGUGUCCCAAUGUGAUUGGAGUGAAGCUGACAGGUAGUCUAUCGGGCUGGACUUCUCCCAAGGAUGUUAUCCUGAAGGUGGCUGGGAUCCUGACAGUGAAGGGGGGCACUGGAGCCAUCGUGGAGUACCAUGGCCCAGGCGUCGACUCCAUUUCCUGCACCGGUAUGGCAACUAUCUGCAACAUGGGAGCUGAAAUUGGGGCCACCACCUCUGUUUUCCCCUACAACCACCGCAUGAAGACUUACCUGAAUAAGACUGGACGUGCAGACAUCGCUACCCUGGCUGACGAGCAUAAGGAUGACUUGGUCCCUGACAAAGGCUGCAAGUACGACCAGGUCAUUGAGAUCAACUUGAGUGAGCUGAAGCCCCAUAUCAACGGGCCCUUCACUCCUGACCUGGCCCACCCAGUGUCUGAGAUUGGUGAUGUGGCUGAAAAGAACGGCUGGCCCCUGGAGGUCAAAGUGGGUCUGAUUGGCAGCUGCACCAACUCCAGCUAUGAGGACAUGGGCCGCGCUGCUUCCCUGGCCAAGCAGGCCCUAGACAAAGGCCUGAAGUGCAAGGCUGCGUUCACAGUCACCCCCAGCUCUGAGCAGAUCCGCGCCACCAUCGAGAGGGAUGGCUUUUCUAAGAUCCUGAGGGAUGUGGGUGGAGUGGUCCUUGCUAAUGCUUGUGGACCCUGCAUUGGCCAGUGGGACAGGAAGGAUGUGAAGAAGGGGGAGAAGAACACUAUCGUCACUUCCUACAACAGGAACUUCACUUCCAGGAAUGAUGCCAACCCUGCCACUCAUGCUUUCGUCACAUCCCCUGAGAUUGUCACAGCCUUGGCCAUCGCUGGUACCCUGAAGUUYGAUCCUGAGACUGACUACCUCACCGCGGCCAAUGGUGAGAAAUUCAAGUUGGAGCCACCCAAUGGCGAUGAGCUACCUGCCCUUGACUUUGACCCCGGCCAGGACACCUACCAACACCCCCCUGCCGAGAGCGGCUCCGUUAUGGUGGACGUCAGCCCCACCAGCACCCGCCUGCAGCUGCUGGAGCCCUUUGACAAGUGGAAYGGCAAGGACCUUGAGGACCUGCAAGUGCUGAUC